GUAGUUUUCUCCUGGGCACAACUCAUCAGCAUAGACUGUCUGUCAGCAGGUUCACAAAGCUGGUUAAGACCACCACAUCAUGGAGAACAUCACACAUGUGAUGAGCAAAUCGCCCUAUGGCCCAAAAAUGGAAUUCAGCACAAAAAACUGGGGUGUUGUGGUAAACACCAACUUGGCUGGAGGAAUUCUCCUGUCCACCUCUCUGCUGGGCCUGGCUACCUAUAUUGGUGCCUUCUGGGACCAAAGAGGUGCACUCAGUCUUUUUAAGAGAAGCUUCAUCACGUCCUUCUCGUGUGACCAUGGGAACCUCAAAGGUGUUCAGAACACCCAUGUCUCUCUUUUUGCUCUGAUUUUCAUCGAUGUUCUAAAUGUCAUCGGAGCAAUGACCUUAGGAAGUCACCUGGUUGCAGCUACCUGUCCUGGAAACACAUGUUUGUACACCGAAAACCUGUGGAUGUUUUCAAGACGGUAUUUAGUGAUGAUACAUCUCCUGACUGCCCUCAUUUCAAUCCUUUACCUCUGCCACCCACACCUGGGUUCCAAACUACGUUGUGUUUUCUCUGUGGUGUCUUUAUUGAUUUGUGUUUUAUACUAUAGUUCUAUGCUCUACACCAUUGAAGUACUAUACAUGCAAGAAGUGCUCACCUGCGGACUGGCUUUGGCUAUAACUGCAAAAUCUAAACUCACAGGGAGGAAAAAAGACAAGCUACGAAUUGUAACUGUUGCAUUGUGCACCUUCUUAGUUGUCUACCUUCCGGUUUUUGUUCUUGAUUACCUGAUCUAUAGUCGGACCAUCUCUGGGCUGCCAAUAGAAGACUAUUUUGUAAUUUAUGUAAAUGUGUAUUAUUUCACAAACUUUCAAGUCUUUCUCGAUGGACUCUUGUGCUAUUCAAUUUUGAAGAUGUCUGCAGCAGAAGAACAACAACAACCACAACAAUGGGAGCUACAAGAACAAGGGCUGCAGCAACUGCCACAACAAUUACAGCAACAAUUACCACAACCACCACGACCAUGGCAGCAACAACCACCACUACAACAAUCGCAGCAACAAUCACCACAACCACCACAACCAUGGCAGCAACAACCACCACCACAGCAAUGGCAGCAGCAGCAGCAACAGGGCUUAAUUUAUCCAAGGGUUCAUGUUAAUACAAAUGCAAUUACUGCAUAUAACAGGCAAAACUGGAAUUAAGUCUCUGGUCUAUGAAGUUUGACUCGAUCAUAACUCUGAAAUCAGCUACAUGUAGUAUUUGUUUCCCAAGUAUUUGCAACUGUGGACACUAAAAUCACUUAAAAAAAUGACUAGAUGGGUGAGGGCCUAGUUAAAGGUUGAUAGCACUAUUAUUCAGAUGGCUGUACUUUAUGUUCCAAUAAUUUAAAUUUAAAUUGGAUGAAAGGAAUUUUAAAUCAGAGAUUAAGAUGAUUAUUGUACCUCUAAUGUGAUUUUAAAGCCAAUGUAUAACACAGAAGAAUAAGUACACACAGAAUGCACUAUAAAUGUGAUUAUGUGACAAAUUACAGCAACUACACUGUAAU